AUGACUGAGCUGCAGGCAAAGGAUCCGCGGGCACCCCACGCGUCGGGAGCCGCGCCCUCCCCCACCCACGUCGGGUCCCCCUUGCUUGGGCGCUUGGACCCCUGUCCCUUCCAGAGGAGCCAGCCGUCGGACGCAUCGUCUGUAGGCUCGUCUAUAUCCAUCUCCCUGGAGGACAGGCUGCUCUUCCCUCGGUCCUGCCAGGGUCCGGAGCUCCCAGGAGAAAAGGCACAGAACCAGCAGUCGCUGUCGGAGGUGGAGGGAGCCUUCUCUGGAGCCGAAGCCACUCGUGGGGGAGGAGGCAGCAAUCCCAGAGCCCCGGAGAAGGACAGCAGACUCUUAGACAGUGUCUUAGACACGCUGCUGGCGCCCUCGGGGACCGAGCAGAGCCACGGCAACCCUCCAGCCUGCGAGGCCAUCACGUCUUGGUGUCUUUUCGGAUCAGAGCUUCCAGAAGACCCCCGCAGUGUCCCUGCUACCAAGGGGUUGUUGUCCCCGCUCAUGAGCCGGGUAGAGAGCAAGGCUGGCGACAGCUCCGGGACAGGAGCGGGCCAGAAGGUGCUGCCUAAGGGGCUGUCACCACCCGGGCAGCUGCUGCUCCCGACCUCAGGGAGUGCCCAUUGGCCCGGGCCAGGGGUGAAGCCCUCUCCGCAGCCAUCUGUGGUGGAAGUGGAGGAGAACGGUGGCCUAGAGACUGGGGGCUCCACGGGUCCGCUUCUGAAGAGCAAACCUCGAGCACUGGAAGGCACAAGCAGCGGAGGAGGAGUUGCAGCCAGCGCGCCCGCGGCGGCCCCAGGAGGCGUCACCCUGGUUCCCAAGGAAGAUUCCCGAUUUUCUGCUCCCAGGGUCUCCUUGGAGCAAGACGCUCCUGUGGCGCCCGGGCGCUCCCCACUGGCCACGACAGUGGUGGAUUUCAUCCACGUGCCCAUCCUGCCUCUCAACCACGCGCUCCUGGCCGCCCGCACCCGGCAGCUGCUGGAGGGGGACAGCUACGACGGCGGGGCCUCAGCCCAGGGCUCCUUUGCCCCGCCUCGAGGCUCGCCAUCCCCGCCGGUGCCCUGCGGCGACUUCCCAGACUGCACCUACCCGCAGGACGGCGACCCCAAAGAGGACGCGUUCCCUCUCUACGGCGAUUUCCAGCCGCCGGGCUUGAAGAUCAAGGAGGAGGAGGAAGGCGCCGAGGCAGCUGCGCGCUCGCCGCGCCCUUACCUGGUGGCCGGAGCCAGCGGCGCCACCUUUCCAGAUUUCCCGCUGGCGCCGGCGCCGCCGCGAGCUCCCCCCUCCAGGCCGGGAGAGGCGGCGGUGGCCGGCGGCCCCGGGAGCUCCUCAGUGUCGCCCGCGUCCUCUUCGGGGUCCGCGCUGGAGUGCAUCCUGUACAAAGCGGAGGGCGCGCCGCCCACGCAAGGCCCGUUCCCGCCGCUGUCCUGCAAGCCCUCGGCCUCCGGCUCUUGCCUGCUCCCGAGGGACGGCCUGCCCGCCGCCCCCGCCGCCUCGGCAGCCCCCGCCAUCUACCCGCCGCUCGGCCUCAACGGGCUCCCGCAGCUGGGCUACCAGGCCGCAGUGCUCAAGGACAGCCUGCCCCAGGUCUACCAGCCCUAUCUCAACUACCUGAGGCCAGAUUCAGAAACCAGCCAGAGCCCACAGUAUGGCUUCGAUUCCUUACCUCAGAAGAUCUGUUUAAUCUGUGGGGACGAAGCAUCUGGCUGUCACUAUGGAGUGCUCACCUGUGGCAGCUGCAAGGUCUUCUUCAAGAGGGCAAUGGAAGGGCAACAUAACUAUUUAUGUGCUGGAAGAAAUGACUGCAUUGUUGAUAAAAUCCGCAGAAAGAACUGCCCAGCAUGUCGCCUGAGAAAGUGCUGUCAGGCUGGCAUGGUCCUUGGAGGUCGGAAGUUUAAGAAGUUCAAUAAAGUCCGAGUUAUGAGAGCCCUUGAUGGCGUUGCUCUCCCUCAGUCAGCGGGCCUUCCUAAUGAGAGCCAGACCCUAGGCCAAAGAAUCACCUUUUCACCAAAUCAAGAAAUCCAGCUGGUUCCCCCACUCAUCAACCUGCUCCUGAGCAUUGAGCCUGACGUGAUCUACGCAGGGCAUGACAACACAAAACCCGACACUUCUAGCUCUUUGCUGACCAGUCUCAACCAACUAGGCGAGAGGCAGCUGCUCUCAGUAGUCAAAUGGUCUAAGUCACUGCCAGGUUUCCGGAACUUGCACAUUGAUGACCAGAUAACCCUGAUUCAGUACUCCUGGAUGAGUCUGAUGGUGUUUGGCCUGGGCUGGAGGUCCUACAAGCAUGUCAGCGGGCAGAUGCUAUAUUUUGCACCUGAUCUAAUCCUAAAUGAACAGAGGAUGAAGGAGUCAUCCUUCUACUCACUGUGCCUUACCAUGUGGCAAAUCCCACAGGAGUUUGUCAAGCUUCAAGUGACUCACGAGGAGUUCCUCUGUAUGAAAGUCUUGCUACUUCUUAAUACAAUUCCUCUGGAAGGACUGAGGAGCCAAAGCCAGUUUGAAGAGAUGAGGUCAAGCUAUAUCCGGGAACUGAUCAAGGCAAUAGGCUUAAGGCAGAAAGGGGUGGUCCCCAGUUCACAGCGCUUCUAUCAACUUACGAAGCUUCUUGACAGUUUGCAUGAUCUUGUGAAACAGCUCCACCUGUACUGCCUGAACACAUUCAUCCAGUCUCGGACACUAGCUGUGGAAUUUCCAGAAAUGAUGUCUGAAGUUAUUGCUGCACAGUUGCCCAAGAUCUUGGCGGGCAUGGUGAAGCCUCUUCUCUUUCAUAAAAAGUGAUGUCUUUGCUUUGUUUUCUUUACAAAAAUUGAGUUUUGUGAUAUGUCCUUUUUGUCUUGGUUAGGAUGGUCAAGUCUUGAGUCUUUAUAAUGUUCUUCUGAAAGCCUUACAUGUAUACAUAUCACACUGUGUAAAUUAUGAGAAAACUUGGGAGAUUCUGAUUUUCCUUUGUAAUGUCUAAGUGGAGUUUCUAAAGUGUUUUAGGUACCCGUAUUUUCUUUGAGAGUUUACAUAGUUAAAAAAGGACUAAAUUGAUUGUAUAAGUAAACUAUAUCUCAUCUAUAUUAUUUCAUACUUUUUGGAUGAGAAUUUUUUUAACCUUUGCAUCUAACAUCUAACAAAUCUCCCCUAUAGGGGGAAGAACACCCCUACCUUUAACAAUAAACCAUACAUGCUACUUCUAGGUAGUUGUUUUGGUUUCCCAAAACUGAGCCUUUAAAAUGGCAGCCAAAAAUGUAACUAUUUUGUGAGAAGA